UGCCCUUAUUUGUCGAAAUUUUAGUAAGCUCUAAUUUGGUUAAUGGAUUCUUUUAUUAGCCGUACGCAUAUCCUAACAGAAUAGCUCCUCUAUGGUUUCUAUGCUGUGAGAGAUCUUUCAAAAUACUUUGAAAUCUCGUCUUACACCAUAAUUUAUCGUGGCAGGCGGUUCGAAGUAAGAAAGCAUCAUGGCUUCCCUACUAAUUCUUUCUUCCCCGUGAUAUUCCGUCGUGGAUGCAUGUGUGAUGGUGGAACUUGUGGAAGGAAGUAGAACUUGACAAUGAGAACAGUCAAAUGUGUGAUAGUCGGAGACGAAGAUGUGGACAAGAGAGAGUUGUUCUUACAGUACACUGCCUUGUUAAAUGCCGAGGCGGAAACAGCCAGCGCGAUUGAAGAAGAUGGAUCUAACAAUGACGUUAGCAGGAUGGGUAUCUCCUCGGGGGGCAAAGAGCAGCAAGAAGUCUUCGUAGACGGAGAUAAAGAUGUAGAGGGCGAGGACGGUUCUAGCAAAAGUCAUCCGCAUUUUCAAGUGAUUCACCUCAGCUCCGAGAAAGAGAGUAUAUCAAGCGUGGAAUCUCUUCAAGACUCCAUCGACCAUUGGUCAGGCGUGGUUACCGUGCUUGGCAAGCAUUACCUAUUAGAUCUUCGCGAUGCUCAUUGCGAAAACGCCUAUGAUAAUAUUAGACCGGAUAUGUACUCUGACACGGACGUUUUUCUGGUUUGUUUCUCAGUCGUUCGCUCCAUUUCGUGGGAGAACGCUCUGAACAAAUGGAUUCCUGAAAUUCAAAAGCACUGCCCUGUGAUUCCUUUCAUAUUAGUCGGCACUCAGACGGAAUGGAGAGAACUCUGGGACGAGAGAGACGCGUCAAAGAAACCGGUUUCUCCUGUCACAGGAGCCGGUUAUGCGCAGCAGGUAGGAGCAGUGAAGUAUUUAGAGUUUUCAACAGGAGAUUAUGAAGUCAGAGAGGUUUUCAACGCAGCUGUGCUGAUCAGUGUUAUGGAUAAAGUGACGUUGUCUACAUUUCAUCCAGAUUUUGACAAAGAGGGAUCGAACUUGAUUCAUCGCGCUGCAAAACGCAAUCAUGUUCCUUCCCUGGAAACCGUAGUCGAUUUUAUCGAUGUGAACACCAAAGACAAAGCGUUUCACACUCCGAUAGACGUGGCGAUAAAAGAAAACAGCUUAGAUGCAGUGCGCUUUCUUCUCGAGAGCGGCUGUGAGUUUCCUAACCCACCAGACCCUUGGAGAAAGCGUUGCGAGUUCUGGCUUAGUGACGAGGAUGAAGAUUCGGAACAUGUCGUGAACAGCAAUAUCACCGAGUUCACCCGACAAGUGACGUUUUUUUACACCACCGCAUCGCACCGCCCACUCGCAAAGAUCCUUUUCAUUGGUCAGAAUGGAACGGAAGUGGCAAACUUUGUGAACGAGACCGUACCCAUGCUUCCGGUGAGGUCACUGACUAUUUUAAAUUCAGAAGGUCCAUGUCUGUUCGACUUCUCGCAGAUCCAGUCUUGCUUCGAGUCUCUAACGAUAACAAAUAGCGAUUUCGGCUCUGCGGAGCUACCAGGGACCCUAUACUCAGUAGUGAGUGUGAAAAGCUUGUGUGUUGUCAAAUGUGGCGUAUCGCGUCUGUCUGAACAACUAGGAGAGCUCAAAAGUCUGCAACGUUUGCGGUUAAGUGGCAACAAGAUUAGGAAACUCCCUGACACGAUUUCCAGGCUGCAGAAGUUAAAGUUUGUACAUUGUGAUCGGAAUGCACUCGACAACUUGCCAGACACACUUGGAUGUUUAGGCUCGCUGGAAAGUCUGGACUUGACCAGUAACAAACUGGAGAAAUUGUCUGCGUCGAUUGGCCUACUGACCAGGCUGCGAAAUCUCGGAAUUACAAGAAAUCGUCUAAAAUUCCCACCGGUUCACAUUCUAAACAAAGGAACUGAAAGCAUUUUGGAGUUCCUGAGUGGAUUCUUGGACGAUCCUGUGUCUAACAACCAAAUUAAGAUGAUUGUUGUCGGAGGAAAUGGCGUUGGUAAGACUUCACUUGUGAAGGGUCUGAGUCAUACCAAAGAUUGGCGAAUAAGCGGGGUCGGUCCGACCACUACGACUGACGGAAUCGAAAUAUCUUCCAUGAAUCUUAUGGAUUGCAGAUUAAAAGUGUUUGAUUUGGGAGGAGACGAAGCCAUGCUCAGCUCGCAUCACUUUUUCUUGUCAGAGAACACUCUUUAUCAGGUCGUUUUUGACAUGAGUGCUUACACGGUCACCAAGACCUCGUGUUCAGUUUACCAGCUCGGAAGAGUGGAACUUUGGCUUCAAAUCAUCUUCUCGAGAGCUCCAAACUCUCACGUGAUGAUUGUUGGUACCCACGCCGAUGACCCGAAACUCACCGAAGAUAUCCGAGUACGCAUUCGUCAAGACAUCGAGAAUCUGUUGAGCAAGUAUCGUCGCGAGCACAGACGCCAAUUUGAGGGAGAAGCUGUGCCUCAUUGCGGUCUUUGCGAGGCGACCCUUGUCUGUGAGGGCUCUUCUACUGGCUCCUUAUUCUAUGUCCAGGAACAAACUGUCCCUCAUGUUCCUGGACCUGUUCCAGCUCCGUGUAUCCCACAUGUUGUGGGUUAUUAUGAAGUCAGCUGCCAUGGCCAGUUUCCCAAACAGCUCCUCAGCUCUAAAAAUCGGAGCAUGCAGAAGUUCACAGUAGGCGUGGGUUCUAGCGCGUCUAUACUCCUCAACACAAAGGUCAGUUCACGAAUCCCGCAGAAGUGCUUGUACGUGCGGGACAGAAUACAGGAAAUGUGCAACGCAGAGAAUGAAUUGAAGAACUGGCCGCUUCUAACCUACGACAGACUUCGAGAGAUCGCGAAUGGCUGUGGAGUAAAACAAGACUUCAAACUCAAGGCACUGAUGACGUACUUUCAUUCUCAAGGAGAAAUCCUCUGGUACGAAGAUAUGCCGGAUAUUGGCGAUGUGAUCUUCAUCGACCCUCUCUGGCUGUCCAAACAGAUGUGUCUCCUCGUCGGGUCACCUUCGGGCGCGAGUUCGGGUUUGGACGGAAUAUUACGAAUCGACAACCUGGCGAAAACCUGGCCUGAUGUCCCUGAAGGACAACGCUUUGCGAUGUUGACUUUGUUCAGAAAUUUAGGAUUGUGCUUUCCAUUGUCGGAAACUGAGGAACUGGUUCCCUUCCAGUUACCGAUCGGGAAAGCAGACGAGGACACGUGGCCGAUGAGGCCUUCGGAUGGUCAACGCCAGAUCAGCUGUGAGUUCCAUUUCAGCUUCCUUCCUCCGACCUUUUUCAGCGAUUUGACGAUUGCCAUUAACCGAAGGAAACUGCCGAACAACUUUGAGGUAGAACCCACGUUCUUUCGCUUCCAUAUGGUGUUCGCAACGACAUUGUUGGCCAGCAUGGGUUGCUCCCUCCACUGUAAAGAGAUGCACCCUUUAGCAGAAAAUCUGGAGGUACAUCGGGUUAGUGUGGAGGGUGUACCAUUCGAGCACAAGUUGAAAGUGAUUAUACGCGGUCCAUCUCCCUGUUGUGUGCUUCCAGAUGUGAGAGCUGCGAUCAAAACAGUGGUUGAUACGCGGUAUCCUGGGAUACGCUAUGUCAGGCAGAUCGUUUGCACCGCGUGUGAACUCGCUGGUUUCAAGAAUCCUGCGCUGUUGAGCGAACUUGUCAAAGAUGGUUGUAACUAUUGUUCGUGGGGGCACGAUCUCAGUACAGAGGCUGCUGUAAUUCGUGGAGACAUUCCUCUAGUCUCACUUCCUUCUGAACUACCAGCGAAGGGCGAGGUCAGGCUCGGGGUAUUUUUCGACGAGGCAGGCAGGAUUCUGGACGACUGCUACUGUCCAAGACUCCCGGCGGUGUUCCCGAUAGGCUUUCAAAGCCCGGCCUUCAAGAAGCGGCUUCGGGUCAACUCACCCAUAAAAGAUGGCUAUUCUGUGCAUUUCCUGUGCGAAUGUCCCGGAUACUGGCAUUUUACGGAGGGGCCAGGCUUCCGAAUCCCAGACAUCCGAGCGUUCCUGGACGUUUUUGGAGCACGUGCGUGCAAGCUUUUGAAACUCGCUUUUAUGCUACGAGAUGACGACGCCCCCGACGGAUCUGACCAGGGACAUGUUCCGGUCAAGAUUAUCUUGGGCGAGGCAAAACUACGUCACGUUCUCGUCACGGACAUCCAGGACUUGUUAGAGCACUACUUUGUGGAAUUUCCCGAACUGAAGAACAGCUACAUGGGUUUCAUGCAGGAAGACUUAGAAUUUGUGCAGAGUUAUGAAGGGCUAAGCCGCAGAAAGAUGUGCAAACUGUUGGAGAUCUCGCCUGAUUGGUGGAGACUAGGACCAUUGGUCUGUACAUACAACAACAGGACCAAUGAACAUCUCUGGUUGUGUGAGAAGCAUGCAGUGUAAAGAAGUGAGCGAAAGGAUUUCAUAGGAAACAUUCAAACUGUUCUUUUUUGGGGAGAAUUUGACUGACCUGUUUAAGGUAAAUUAUCGAUCCGGUAAAGUUGGAUCUGAUUGACAUCGACGAGAAAAGUUUUAAU